CAAACACAAACCGCCGUUAACUGCACAAGUUGUAUAGAUUACAAAAAGGGCUCAGUUAAUUGAAAUUUUCAAACUGUGUAUAUAACUGUGACGUGUUCGUUGUUUUAGACCAUGGAUUAGGAAUGGCAGUCAACAACGCCACAGAGGAUGUGAUCAAAUGGACAGAUGAAACAUAUUCUAUGCAAGAGGUGGCAAACAAUAAUCUACCUACAAUCGUGAAAGUGGCAGACGGAUAUUACAGCGAAAACGAAGCCGAAAGCUUUUCAAAUGGCGACCUGAUCAAAUUGGAUUUCAAGAAAAGUUACUCCAAAGUACGAGCGCAAUGUGUUGGUGGAAAACCAAAAGUAGACACUCUUGGGUACAUGUCUCCUGAUAAAGACAUAUUGAUACCUAUUGGGUAUAAAGGAAAAUUGAAAGUGGAGUGUUUGAAAGAUACGUUUGGCAGUAUUCAGGAAUUGAUUACGCAUUUCCCACAUUUUGUAAUAACAGGGCGACCUUUAACUGGGAAACGUGGAAUUUAUUCAAGUGAAGAGAUCCGAAUCGAAAAAGGAACCAGAUUGCAACUAGACAGAGUGAUUCCUGAUGCCGGACUGGUGUGCAGGAAGGAUGAGAAAGAGAUACUGCUCCCAUCAAUACAACUCGCCAGAUUUUAUCUAGAACCUGAUGAAAAAGAAUACACCGUUCGCGAAGUUGUGGACAAUUUCAAAUUGCCUCAGUAUAUUCGUUUUAUAGAUUCAGAUUUCGAGAAGAUAGUGACUGCCGACUUAACAGAGGCGAUGGAUAAUAUCAGUCAUUUCGAAGGAUACUUAAAAAUCGUAGGUCUCGUUCAGCAAGAGGUAGUCGUUGGUCAUCACAAACCAUCGGGAGUUGCUUUUCCUUCGACAGGAAAUGUCCACCAACGAUCCAUCGCCAUUCUUCCUCUUGAUAGCGAUGCAGUCCGAAACAUUGAAGUUUACCUCCCCGUGUAUGAGGAGGAAAAUGACUAUGAAUUUUUCUUGGCGCGAAAUUUCUCCAAAAAUGUCAAUAUGGACCUGGUGGAUGGUGGACUGUAUCUGGAGUUUAACAAGUGUCCCCGUAUCCAUCUGCUGAACACAGAGGCUGAAGAAGCACCGCCCCCCAGACCACCCCCUCCAAAAGACUAUAUCCCAGUAUCGUCUAUUCCAAUAUCGUCUAUGAAAGGAAAUUCUACAGACACCAAGGACAAGAGUUCUCAAGGACCAGCACGCCCUGUGAAGAAGAAAGUGCCACCACCAGUAAAAGCUAAACCUAAGAAUGUGUCCCCCAAGAAGGGGUCAACGAACCCGAAACACGAUUCAGAAGAAGAUGAUGACGCAGAUGAUUAUGAAGAAAUGUGUGUAUCGAUACCACCCUCUGUUGUUAAACCCUCUCAUCGGGUUUCCCCUCACCCCCGGGUACAGAGACAUGUGUCCAUACCUCCGCUUCCAGACAUUGAAUCAUCUGAUGAUGAACCAGAACGUGCGUAUGACGAAAUCCCAGAUGUGCUGGAAAUAGAGGACUCCGGUGCCAAAAAUGCACAAAAUUAUUCAAAGAAGACUGGACUGGACUUUUCAGUUCUACCUAAGACCUUUAGAGUUGGCUUAAAAAGGGUCCAUACUGAAUUAAAGAAAUUACGACGCGGGACUUCAGUAGAAGAAAAAUCUUUGCAAGACUUGCGUGUUCUUCCAAGCAAAAAGGACCUCAAUCCCGAUGAUAGCGACAGCGAUGACGAGGAAGUAUCGUACGAUUACCCAGACCUGUCGAAGCUUGCGUCCAUGAAACGUCCUCCGCCUGUUGGAGAUACACCUCGAUAUCAGGAUUCACUAAAACACACACCAUCAAAGCCAAUAGGAAAGAUUCAGCCAAUGUCACGUGGGGGGAAUUUACCCGCGAAAUUCAGUGAAAUGACAACAGAGCAAACUGUGAGUUUGUUUAAGGAGACAAAGUUACCAUCUCUUGCAUCUGUGUGUGAGAAGGAGGGCUUGGAUGGCAGCUUCUUUAGUACCCUCAGUGACACACAACUAAAGAGUGUAUUUAAACUCAGCGACUUACAAGUGAUCAAACUGCACAAAAUCAUUAAUGAAGGGUGGCGCCCAAACUUAAAUUAAACUGAAUUGAUCAGAAUGCAUAAAAUACAUAAAUGAGCUGAUGAUGACUAUACCAGAGCAUUAAAAUUUGACGCUUGAAUACGCCACUAACACAUGUUUUGUACUCUACUUAAGGCCCAAUUUUGGACCCUGGUUAAUUACGAAGAUCUCAAUUGUAAAAUUCAAUGAUUUAUAAUAUUGGAAAAUAAUUGUCAAUGAAGAGCGAAGUAGUAUUUUGUGAUGGAGGUCUUCGCAAUUUCAUGAAUUCCUUUAGAAAUUAAAGAUAACCAUGUUUCAAA